GUUUACUGCUCUGGCAGGCAACCUUUUGCCCCACGACAAUUCAAGCAGCAAUACCCAAUCACGGUACCCAGAGAAGCAACCUCUUUGGUUUUGUGAAACCACUCAUCCUCAACUUCACUUUGAUCUGUCUACAUUUUUGCUUCAGUUCCUCUGCCAUAGAUACAGACACACGAUCACUAUUAUUGUUUGAUAAUACCUGGAAUUAUUACGAUACCUGCCAUCAAUAAGAAAAAGAACUGUGUAAGUUCCUGAACAGGAAGUAAUGAGUGAAACUUAACCCCCGUUUUCCCCGCCGGGAAAAACUGAGCUUAGAAAAGACAUCCCCAAAGCCCGAGCCAUGAAUUGGGGAACAAGGACCAAAGUCCUCCGUUUUUCCUAGCGAGGACCACCCCCGUACCCCCCGCAAAGCGCAGCGCAGACCCGGAAGGCAGGUGUUGACGCACUUCCGGCUUUUGUGACACUCUGGGUUCUGGCGAACGGAGGGACUGGGAACAGGUCCACUGCCCUUUGAUCCCCAGAGUCACCUCCCUUUUCUAUCCCAGCACCCCGGGCUUCUCCGGGGUUCACGGAUAGCAAAAUCGGAGCUCAUAAAACAUGUAGGACAAAAAGGAAAGUCCUGCAGACAGACCCUGUUUGGAUUAAGUGAGCCAGUUCUUUGAACCUGAACAACGACUGCUGAAUCCAGGAAUGCUGCAGAUUUGUCUCCUCAGGCUACCCGAGAGAUGGAAGGCAUAGUGAUAGCAAAAGUGGAGGAGGAAGGGACAGAUGAUGAAGAAGACCAUUUUCCAACAGAAAGAAGUAACACAGAGUUAUCACCCCAAUUUCUUAGUCGUUCCACAACUAUGAACGAGAGAGCCUUGUUAUCAUCAUAUUUAGUGGCAUAUCGAGUGGCAAAAGAGAAAAUGGCUCACACAGCUGCUGAAAAAAUUAUUCUCCCAGCAUGUAUGGAUAUGGUACGUACCAUCUUUGACGAUAAAUCAGCUGACAAAUUAAGAACUAUACCUCUUAGUGAUAAUACAAUAUCUCGUCGAAUCUGUACUAUUGCAAAACAUUUAGAAGCAAUGCUUAUGACACGGCUACAGUCUGGUAUCGAUUUUGCAAUCCAACUCGAUGAGAGCACUGAUACUGCUAGUGGACCCACACUCUUGGUAUAUGUCAGAUAUAUGUGGCAAGAUGAUUUUAUGGAAGAUCUGUUGUGUUGUUUAAAUUUAAAUUCACAGGUAACCGGAUUAGAUGUAUUCACUGAAUUAGAUAAGUGCGUUGUUGGUCAAUAUAAAUUAAACUGGAGAAACUGUAAAGGAAUCUCAAGUGAUGGAGCAGCAAAUAUGACUGGGAAACAUAGCAGACUUCUUGAAAACUUGUUAGAAGCCACCCACAACAACGCUCUUUGGAAUCAUUGUUUUAUUCACCGAGAAGCUUUGGUAUCCAAAGGAAUUCCGCCGAGCCUAAUGGACGUGUUGAAAAACGCAGUGAAAAUUGUUAAUUUUAGUAAAGGAAGCUCAUUGAAUAGCCGACUUCUUGAAAUAUUUUGUUCAGAGAUCGGAGAGAACCAUACCCACUUACUAUUUCAUACAGAAGUUCGUUGGUUGUCUCAAGGAAAAGUAUUGAGCAGAGUAUAUGAACUCAGGCAUGAGAUUUACGUUUUUCUCAUUGAAAAGCAAUCUCAUUUGGCAAAUAUUUUUGAAGAUGAUGUUUGGGUAUCAAAAUUGGCAUACUUAAGUGAUAUUUUUGGCAUUUUAAAUGAAUUAAGUUUGAAACUACAAGGGAAAAACAAUGAUAUAUUUCAGUAUCUUGAACACAUUCGAGGAUUCCAAAAGAUGUUAUUGUUAUGGCAAACUAGACUUAAAAGUAAUUGUCCUAGCUACUAUAUGUUCCCUACAUUGUUGCAACACAUCGAAGAGAACAUUAUUAAUGAAGAAUGCUUAAAGGAAAUAAAAUCAGAGAUAUUAAUACAUCUCACUUCUUUGUCUCAAACCUUUCAUCAUUACUUUCCAGAAGAGAAAUUUGCAUCAUUAAAGGAAAAUAUCUGGAUAAAAGAUCCAUUUGCUUUUCAAACUCCAGAAUCAAUCAUUGAGUUAAAUUUGGUGCCUGAAGAAGAGAAUGAAUUAUUGCAGCUCAGUUCGUCAUUCACGCUGAGGAAUUAUUAUAAGACAUUAAGUUUAUCAGCAUUCUGGAUUAAGAUUAAAGAGGAAUUUCCACUGCUAAGUAGAAAGAGUAUAUUGCUAUUAUUACCAUUCACAUCUACCUAUUUGUGUGAACUAGGAUUUUCGAUCUUGACACGAUUAAAAACAAAAAAAAGAAAUAGGCUUAAUAGCGCACCUGACAUGCGUGUGGCCUUAUCCUCGUGUGUGCCUGACUGGAGCGAACUGAUGAACAGGCAAGCACACCCAUCACAUUAAAUACUAUCUUUAUGAACUCAGGUUUCUGUACUUUCAUAGGUAUUCUUUGUGUAUUGUAUUUAAGUAUUAAUAAGAUUAUGAUUGGGAUUUACUAGGUUUCAUUUUCCUAUAUAGUAGGUAUUGCUCUUUGACAUUGUUUGUUACAUGAAUGUAUGUGUAUGCAGGAUAAUGAUGUAAAAUAUAUUUCUACGAAUUACCAUCAAUUUUUUAAAAUAGUGCUCUUAACACUCUUAGUUUUAUACUCAAAUCUGUCAACUUUUCUACUGCUGCUGCCUUGCUUCUUGUAGGCAAAGCCCCUUUCAGGUUCAGUUUCUCACCAUCUAUGUGCCUAUGUGCUCUUCCUUGUCUGAUUUUUGUUUAUUGGCUGCGUUGGGGUGUUUUUUUGGGUAGUGCCACAGAGAUUGUGAGAUUGUAGUUCCCUAACCAGGGAUCAAACUCAGGUCUCCUGCCUUACAAGGCAGAUUCUUAACCACUGAACGACCAGGGAAGUCACAGUUCGUUUUUGCUAUUAUUUUCUGUUUUAAAAAAUUCAGCUUUAUUGAGAUAUGAUUUACUUCUAGUAAAAUGCACCCCUUUUGGUAUAUGGUUUGUUGAGUCUUGACAGAGGUAUACAAUUGUGGAACCACCCCUACAAUCAAGAUAUAAAACAUAUCCUUCAUCCCCAAAAGAUCUUUCAUGGCUUUGUUGUCAGCCCUUCUCUUGUACUACUGAUGGUUUUGUCUUUUCCAGAAUGUCAUGUAUUUGGCUUUUUUCUCUUAGCAUAAUGCUUUUCCAAUCUAUCCGUAUUAUCGUAUGCAUUGGUAGUUUAAUAGUGAGUAAUGUUCCAUUGUAUGUAUGUGUAUCAAUUAGCUUAUCAAUUUUCAGUUGAUAGACAGUUUUUUCAAAUUUUUUAUUUUAGUUUUUUAUGAACAAAGCUGCUAUAAAUAUUUGUAUACAGGAAUUUGUGUGGACAUAUAUUUCUUUGGUAACAGCUAGCAGUGGGAUUAUUGGCUCAUAUGGUAAAUAUACAUUUAAUUUUAAGCAUUUCCUCCUGCAGUGUGUGAAAUUUAUAGUUCCUCUAUAUCUGAGUCAGCAUUUUGUAUUGUCAGGUUUCUAUUUUAGCUAUUGUAUUAAGUUUAAUAGUAUCUCAUUAUGGCAUUAAUUUCCAUUUCCCUAAUGGACAAUCAUUUGAGCAUCUUUUCACAUGUUUAUGGCUGUGCAUAUCUUCCUUUGGUGAAGUUCAAAUCUGUUGCACAUUUUAAAAAUUCAAGUGUCUUAUGAAUAAGAAUUAUUUUUAUAUAUUGUUUUCAAAUGAUCACACCCAUGUUUUACAAAUGUUUUCUCCCAGUCUGUGGCUUCUCUUUUCAUUUUCUUAACAGUGUUUGAAGAGCAAAAUUUUAAAAUUUUGAUCAACUUCAGUUAUCAAGUUUUUUUCUUAUAUGGUUCAUUCUUUGUGUGUUCUGCCUAAGAAAUCUUUGCCUAAUCCAUGGUCACAAAUUUCUGUUUUCAUCCAACUGUUUUAUAGAAGUUUUAGAUUUUACAUUUAGGUCUAUGGUGCAUUUUGAGGUGAUCUUUGUAAAUGGCUAAAGGAGAUUAAAGAGACAUGACAAUUAAAUGCAAUGUA